AUGCCGGUAGUGAAAAUUAGUAGUUUAAAGCUGUCCGAAAUAAAAGAGCUGCUUAGCGAAAGAAAUCUAGAGACAGAAGGGCAUAAAAAUGAACUAAUUUUGCGACUGAGUGAAGCUGUUGGUGCGGACGUGAUCGAUUUUACUCAAACGAAUGUGCAAUGUCAAAUAAACGAGUUACGCGAAAUGUUCAGCUCGGUGCUGCAGCUGAUGCAGUCGAACAUAAAUACGCCAAUUAGUGUUAAUGCGAGUAUUUCAAACUCUCAUGCGGAACAAACACGCUUAGAGUCACCAAGUACAAGUGCAAAUAAAAGCAAUUAUUCUGUAAAAGAAAUUGCAGAGACGAUACCGGACUUCGAUCCAACGAACGAUUCGUCGAUCACCGUCGAGCAAUUCGUAGAUAGAGUGAAUGGUGCGAUCAGUGCCUAUAAGUGGGAAGAAAAGUGCUUGUUGUUGACUGUGUAUAGUCGACUCAAAGGCGCCGCAAAACUUUGGUUCAAUUCGGCAGACAAAUUGUACUCCAAUUGGAAUGAACUAUCACAAAGUUUGUGUGAAGAGUUCAGCUGUAUUCCGGAUGAAGCUGACAUACACUACAAAAUGAGUCAGGCAGUGCGUAGGCCAAAUGAAAACUUAUUGGACUAUUGUUUUCGUGUGAGUGCGUUAGGAAAGCGGUAUGCAUUAAGUGAGUCUGCAAUUGUGAAAUAUGCUAGAGAUGGGUUGAAACAUCGUGAACUACAAGUGGCGGUGGCAACUACUCGUUUUAAAACAUUGCGCGAAUUCCGCCAAACAAUAACCGAUUAUACAAAAAACAUUCCGACGCGUUCGGGUAAAUAUGAAAAAUCCACUGAAAGUGAGACAAGCGUAAGCGAUAAGGGUGAUAAAAGCAAACAAAUCAUUUGUUACAAUUGCCAAGAAAAAGGACAUGUUUCGAGUAAAUGCCCGAAACCACAACGCAGGCGAAGGUGUGUAGAUUGCGACAAAGUGCAUCCUAAAAAUGAACCCGAAAAUUGCGGGAAAAAGAAAAUGGCAGUAAGGAAAACAAAGGCACAGCGAGAAAUAAUCACGAAUAACAUUUUUGAGCAAUGUGUCGUUGUAAACGGGCAACAAUUGAUGGCAUUUAUUGACACGGGUAGUGAGUGCAGCAUGGUCAGAGCUACCAUAGCCAACAAGAUAAGCUGUGAGAAAGAAAAAUGCGCACUGAAGAUAAGUGGUUUUUGCGGUGGUGUUAUAUACGCGCACGCAAAAAUUCGUGUUCAAUUACAGAUUGAUAACUUAAAGCGAUUCGUUACUCUGUUUGUGGUAGACGACGAACUUUUAACGGCGGAUGUACUAUUGGGUCAGGACCUUUUUAAUGACAUGCGGGCUGUUAUCGUAGAUGGCCGUAUUACGUUUGCGAGCGAUAAUAAAUUUAAUAUCGACGAUUUCAAAUGCGGUACUGACGAUUUACGUGCUAAAAAUGAGAUGACAAUUGAUCUUGAUACUGAUGUUCCGAUCGCGCAGAAACCAUUUAGGGUUCCUGAGCCUAAAAAAGAAAUUAUAGCGGAUAUGAUUAAUGAACUUUUGGAGUGUGACAUUAUUAGUAAAUCCAACUCUGAAUAUGCGAGUCCAAUGAUUUUAGUUAAAAAGAAAAACGGAAGCGAGCGUUUGUGUGUUGAUUUCAGGCGGUUGAAUUUACAUAUGCGUAAAGAAGUUUUCCCAAUGCCAAAUAUUGAGGAACAGCUGCAAAAUGCUAAGCAGUACAUUUAUUUUACAGUGCUAGACUUAAAUAGCGGGUAUUACCAAAUACCUAUCGCGAGAGAUAGUCAGAAGUAUACUGCGUUUGUAACGACACAGGGGUUAUUCGAAUUUAAGCGAAUGCCUUUUGGGCUAAAAAACGCACCUGUAGUGUUUCAGCGAUUAAUUGUCAAAAUAAAAGAAAGUGUUAAGAGUGACGAUAUGAUGAACUAUAUGGACGAUAUUUUAAUCGGAAGUCAAACGAUAAACGAAAUGUAUGAAAAACUACAUCGAGUGUUAAGUGCUCUUCGCGGAGCAGACGUAACGUUGAAUAUACAAAAAUGCGAGUUUUUGAAACAUACAAUUGAAUUCCUGGGUCAUGAGCUAACUCCGGAUGGUAUUGCGCCAGGUUUAGCGAAAACUUUAUCGAUACGCGAUUAUAAAACGCCAACAGGUGUAACCGAAGUUAGACAGUUUCUCGGACUCAGCGGUUAUUUUCGUAAAUUUGUUCCGGGCUAUGCGUUAAUAGCCGCUCCGUUAAAUCGAUUACUGCGUAAAAAUGAAACAUUCGUUUGGACUGAAUAUCAGGAAAGUGCGUUUAAUAAACUAAAAACGAUUUUAGUGUCUCGACCAGUGAUGACUGCAUUUCGAGUUGAUGCGGAACACCAAGUGCAUACUGACGCGAGCUCAGUCGGUCUGGCCGGCGUGUUGUUACAAAAAGAAAACGAAAACUGGAAACCAGUCAUAUACUAUAGUCGCGCGACCACAGACGCGGAGAAAAAGUAUCACAGCUACGAGCUGGAGACGCUUGCGGUCGUCGAAUCCGUCGAGAGAUUUAGAUACUACAUUUAUGAUGGCGCAUUAACAAACACCAACCUCAGCGGCAGCGCUGAAUAUGUUUAUAAACGUACUGAUAGGGCAACACAAAUGCACAAGAAAUUUUUGUAA